GCGCACGUGGCUGCGGCAGCGGCAGAGCAGAGAUCUGCGCCGCAGGCUCUGAGCUCCCCAGGCCGGCAGGAGCCUGCCGGGGCCGGCGCUCGGCACCGUCCUGUGCGCGGAGCUCUGCCUCGGCCUCCGCUCUGCGCCCCCCGCGUGUGCCAGGCACUUGGGUCUCAUGUCCUUACCUGAGGGCACAGGGGUGUCCCGUCCCCCCCAGCUGCAUGGCUGCCCAGAAGGGCACAGAUGAAAUCCUGGAGGAGAACCAUUUGAACAAUAAUUUAGAGGAGCCAAAGCACAGCCUUGAGGAAGAAGGUAAUGAAGACAUAGAUCAGGAGGCCAUGGAGGAUGAACUACAUGAGGAGGAGGAUGACAGUGAGUAUGAGGGAGAUGAAGAAGAUGAUGUGGAAGAAGAGGAGAAUGAAGUGGAGGAGGAGGAUGAAGAAGAGGAGGAGGAUAUGGAGGAGGAGUGCAGAGCCACAUCAGCCUCCUCUGUGCCACUGGAGCAGCCAACUCAGUGCCCCAAGUGUGGGCAGAGCUUCCCACCCAGCUUGGAGGUGGCGAAGUCUCACUGCCCCCACCCCAGUGCCCAGCCCUUUGUCUGUGGUGGCUGUGGGCACAGCUUCAGCCUCAGGUCCAAGUUCACCCAGCACCACAGGAUCCACAGCAGGAAGCAGCUGUACACCUGUGGUGGCUGCAGCAAGAGCUUCACUCGCAGCCUGACUCUCAUCGCCCACUGGCACAGCCACACCGGGAAGAAGCCCUUUGCCUGCAGCGAGUGCAGCAAGAGCUUCCGGCACAGCUUGUGUUUCCUCCAGCACCGCCGUGUCCACACCGGUGAGAGGCCUCAUGCCUGCAGUGACUGUGGCAAGAGUUUCCAGGGGAACUCGAUGCUCACUGCUCACUGGCAGGUCCAUGCUGGUGAGAAGCCCUUCAGCUGCAGCGAGUGCGGCAAGAGCUUCAGCGUCAGCUGCCACCUGUUCCGGCACCGCCGUGCCCACACCGGUGAGAAGCCGUACCGCUGUGCCGGCUGUGGCAAGAGCUUCUGUUGGAGCAAGACCCUCAUCGCCCACUGGCAUGUGCACACUGGCAAGAAGCUGUUUGCCUGCACCAGCUGUGACAAGACCUUCAGCCACAUCUCUCACUUCCUCCAGCACUGCCAUGUCCACGCCAGUGAGAGGUUGUGCAACUGCAGUGAUAGCAGCAAGAGCCUCAGUGGCAGCUCUGACCGCAGCCAGCACCUCUGCAACCACUUCUCUGAGGGCCAUGGGCUGUGCAGCAGCGAGGAGAAGCUGCCAGAUCCUGAGGUCAUCACCAGUAGCUGCAAAAAGUGCCUGCAGAGCUUCAGCAACCACUCGGCCUUGGUGCGGCACAGGCAGACCCACAGGGGUGAGAGGCCACAUGGCUGUGCUGACUGUGGCAAGGGCUGCAGCUCCAAAUUCAGUCUCACCCAGAACCACCAAAACAGAACUGGGGAAAAGCCAUUCCAGUGUGCUGACUGUGGCAAGAGCUUCACCCGCAGGUUCAGCUUAGCCCAGCACCGCCGUGUGCACACUGGUGAGAGGCCUCAUGUCUGUGGUGACUGUGGUAAGAGCUUCACCUACAGGUCCGCCUUAGCCCAGCACGGCCGUGUGCACACAGGUGAGAGGCCUCAUGUCUGUGGUGACUGUGGUAAGAGCUUCACCUGCAGAUCUGAUCUCACCAUUCACCACCAAGUGCACUCAGGUGAGAGGCCUCAUGUCUGUGGUGACUGUGGUAAGAGCUUCUCCUACAAGCACAAAUUAGCCCAGCACCACCAUGUGCACACUGGUGAGAGGCCUCAUGUCUGUGGUGACUGUGGUAAGAGCUUCUCCUACAAGUACACAUUAGCCCGUCACCACCGUGUGCACACAGGUGAGAGGCCUCAUGUCUGUGGUGACUGUGGUAAGAGCUUCUCCUACAAGUACGCAUUAGCCCGUCACCACCGUGUGCACACAGGUGAGAGGCCUCAUGUCUGUGGUGACUGUGGUAAGAGCUUCACCUGCAGAUCUCAUCUCACCCUUCACCACCAAGUGCACACAGGUGAGAGGCCUCAUGUCUGUGGUGACUGUGGUAAGAGCUUCUCCUACAAGUUCACAUUAGCCCUUCACAGCCGUGUGCACACAGGUGAGAGGCCCCAUGUCUGUGGUGACUGUGGUAAGAAGUUUACCUGCAGAUCUCAUCUCACCUUUCACCGCCGAACGCACACAGGUGAGAGGCCUCAUGUCUGUGGUGACUGUGGUAAGAGCUUCUCCCGCAAGUUCACAUUAGCCCAGCACCACCGUGUGCAUACAGGUGAGAGGCCAUAUGGGUGUGGUGACUGUGGUAAGAGCUUCAGCCACAGGAUCACAUUAACUGAGCACCGCCGUGUGCACACUGGUGAGAAGCCUCAUGUCUGUGGGGACUGUGGUAAGAGCUUCACCCGCAGAUCUGAUCUCACCCAUCACCGCCAUGUUCACACAGGUCAGAAACCCUUCACCUGUGCCAGCUGUGGCAAGAGCUACAGUCACAGGUCCAACCUCGCCCGGCACAUUCGAAUCCAUGCCUGUGACCAACCCACACCAAGUGACACAGAAGUACAAAGCUCACAGCAUUUUCAGGGUAAACCUGAGUCCCCUGGGGGACCUUUUGCAGCAGAUUGAACUGAAAUUGCCUCUUUUCACCUGCUUUUCUCAGACACAAACAGCUCCCUCCCCUUUUCAGCACCAAUUAGUGCUGCGGAGAAUAAUUAGAGUGCUGAGUUGCCACAGCUGGUGCCACUGCUGCAGCUGGGCUGGGAGUUGGCUGUUUGCUCCCCAACACUUAGGGUUUCCUAGAAGUUAAAGAAAAACCUCAUCCCAGUGAUAACGAAAAUCCCAACUCUAAUAAAGUGCUGUCUUUUG